AUGCCCCCGUCUGAACUCAAGACGGCAAAGGGUACUCGCGACUGGGUUGGCCGUGACCUUCUAUUGCGCGACCACAUUUUUCAGACAAUCAGUGACGUUUUCAAGCGUCACGGCGGCAUUCCCUUGGACACGCCCGUCUUCGAGCUCCGAGAGGUCCUGGCUGGCAAGUACGGUGAGGAUGCCAAACUCAUCUACAAUGUUGAAGACCAGGGAGGCGAACUUCUAUCGUUGCGAUAUGACUUGACGGUUCCCUUUGCUCGUUGGCUAGCCAUGCACAGCAACGUCAAGCAAAUCAAGCGCUACCAGAUCGCCAAGGUAUACCGUCGCGAUCAGCCUGCAAUAUCUCGUGGCAGACUUCGAGAGUUUUAUCAGUGCGAUUUCGACAUUGCCGGUGUAGCACUGACGCUCGGCAUUGUCAUCAAGCUUAACCACAGAUGCAUCCUCGACGGCUUAUUUACCGUUGCUGGCGUGCCCAAAGACAAGAUCAGGCCCGUCAGCUCAGCAGUAGAUAAGCUGGACAAGGCCCCGUGGGACGAGGUUAAGAAAGAGAUGGUGGACGAGAAGGGUCUGGCGGAGGAGGUUGCCGACAGAAUUGGUGAAUACGUGCGGCGCAGUGGCGGUUUGCGUGAGAUGAUCGAUACUCUCAAGGGGGACCAAGAGCUAUCAGCAAACGAACAAGUGCAAAGUGGCUUGGCCGACAUGGACCUUCUCGCCCGUUACCUCACAGCAAUGGACGUCAUCGACAGUGUUUCCUUCGAUCUUUCACUCGCACGUGGCCUCGACUAUUACACCGGAUUAAUAUACGAAGUCAUCACAACUACCUCAGGUCGGUCCACUCAAGUCGGCAGCGUUGCUGCUGGCGGGCGCUACGACAACCUCGUGGGCAGGUACGGCAAGCAGACCGUCCCUUGCGUUGGUCUCUCCUUUGGCGUAGACCGCGUCUUUACCAUAUUGGACGCUCAACAAAAGAAGAAGACCUCAGAUCUCAAGAGCGAGGCCGAUGUGUACGUCAUGGCAGCUGGUGGGAAAGGCUUUGAUGGUCUGCUAGCUGAACGGAUGGAAGUGGCGCGUCAGCUUUGGGACGCAGGGAUUAGCGCCGAGUUCACUGCCAAAGUCAAGCCCAAGAUGCUUCAGCAAUUCAACGCUGCUAAAGAAAUGCCUGUUACCGUGAUUCUUGGUCAAGAGGAAAUGGAUGCUGGCCAGGUUAGGGUUAAGGAUGCCCGGGCCGGUGACGGGGAUAAAGUUGAGAAAGAUCGAGGCAAACUUGUUUCCAGAGAAAGUCUUGUUGAAGAAGUGAAGAGUCUUUUAUCAAAGAUCGCGCUGGAGGAAGGUCAAGAUUAG